AUGUCUGACGACAAGAUCACAGACAGCAAAGAAGUUGAGGAUGCCGUCGCCGAGAAAGACGCCCAUGAAGAAGCCAUGGCGCAGAUGAAGGCUCUGACAGAGUCCAGCGGCAUCUCUGAAAAGAGACUGCUUCUCAAGACGGACUUGCACGUCGUGCCCAUCCUGUUCUUAUUGUUUCUUUGCGCUUUCAUCGACAGGAUCAAUAUCGGCAAUGCUCGCAUCCAAGGCCUGGAAUCCGACCUCAACAUGUCGGGCAGCGACUACAACGUUGCGCUCUUUACGUUUUUUAUCCUCUACAUCCUCCUUGAAGUGCCCUGCAACAUCCUUCUCAAGAAGAUGCGCCCCUCCAUCUUCCUGCCCUCAAUCAUCCUCGCGUGGGGCGUGGUGACCAUCUGCCAGGGCCUCACGCGCAGCUUCGGUGGCCUCGUCGCCUGCCGCGUCAUCAUCGGCGGGCUAGAAGCUGGAUUUUUUCCUGGAUCAGUCUACCUGAUUACAAUGUUCUAUCGCAGGCAUGAACUCCAGUGGCGCAUGAACCUUUUCUUCUCCGCUUCCAUCAUCGCCGGCGCCUUUUCCGGCCUGCUAGCAUAUGCGAUCGCGCACAUGGCGGGCAUUUCAGGCUACGGCGGCUGGAGGUGGAUCUUCAUCCUAGAAGGCCUUGCAACAGUCCUCGUGGCGUUCGCGUCGUACUGGCUCGUCCCCGACUGGCCCGAGACCGCCAAGUUCUACACCGAGGAGGAGCGCGCUUUCUGGAUCCGCCGACUGGCCCUCGACAGCGAAGACGCCACUAUGUCCCGCUGGGACAAGCGGACCGCCAGGCGCGUCUUCGGCGACGUCAAGAUCUGGCUCGGCACAUUCAUGUACAUGGGCAUCGUUACGACGGGCUAUUCCGGCAGUUUCUUUGUUCCAACCAUCCUCCGACAAUUGGGCUGGACAUCUAUCCGCGCGCAAGUCAUGUCCAUUCCGAUCUUCAUCGUCGCGACAGUCCUGGCGCUAUCGGCGGCUCUGCUGUCGGACAGGAUCAAGCACCGCUUCGGCUUCAUUAUUGGCGGCUGCUGCGUGGCAACUAUUGGCUACGUGAUCUUGCUGUGCAUGCAUCAAGUGCAGGUUGGUGUACGGUACUUUGCGGUCUUCCUGGUCGUAGGCGGUGGAUACAUCGCUCAGCCCAUCGUGUUGGUCUGGCUUGGGAACAAUCUGAGUGGCCAUUACAAGCGCGGCGUUGGAGCAGCUUUGCAAGUUGGCUUGGGUAAUAUUGGAGGAAUCGUGGCAUCCAACAUCUUCAUUCAGAGUCAGGCGCCCGAGUACCCGCUCGGCUUCGGCAUGGCACUCGGCAUGAUUUGGCUGUGCGUCUUCACCGCAUGCGCCUUUGCGUUGUAUCUGCUGCGCGAGAACCGGUUGCGUGACAAGGGCAGGCGCGACCACCGUUACGAGGAGCCUGAGGACGAGCGGAAUAACAUGGGUGACGAUUGUAAGUCGGGCCUGUGUCUUUCUUACCUGCACCUUUGUAAUAUGAGGGAAGACAUGCUAACUUUGGAUGAUGCUAGAUCCCAGCUUUCGCUUUACGUUGUGAGGUCAGAGUGUGGGGCGGCGCGGUGUCUGAAGUAUACGGCGAGCAAGUGGGCUCAAGACCAGCGAUCAAGGCGGUGA